AUGCCACAAGAAAAUUCAAAAGUUUAUGGACCUGCCGAAAUGAAAUGUGAAUAUUCUCUAAUGAUAACGGUCAUUCGAUCUGCAGUAUCUGAAAUGAAAGAAGGAAACAGUGCCAAUUAUGAACAACUUGUUAGAAGUUUGAAUCAAUACUCAAAGGGCAUAGUAGAUAUAAAAAAAUUACGUGUUUGGAUUAUGGCAUUUGCUCACAAUGCCUUCCAUUUAGAUGAAUGUUGUGUGGAUUUGAUUGAUGUGAUUUUCAAUCUGAAUUGGGCAGAACAUGAUAAUAAUCUUGCAUUAGCAUACAUAAUGUUUUUAUCAAGUUUGAUUUCAUCACACCCUUCUCUUUAUAAAAGUCGCAUAUUACAAAUGUUGGUACAAAAAUUUGCCUUCAGACCUGACGAGACAGGAAGAAUACCAAAUCAUCUUGAAAAAAUAAACGGAAGAGUUCAUACAGCUGUGAAAAGUAUUAUAAAAAUAAUUCCAAAUUCGGUUGAUGAACUUUACAAAUUGGUAGUCCAAGAAUUUCCGCACAAAACAGAGCCUUUGUAUGUUCAAGUGACUUAUCUUAAAAAUUUAUUACAACUUUUGGAUUACAUAAAUGAACUACAAUUUGAUGUGUUACAAUUAAUAUUUAGCCGUUUGAUUCAAAUUGAUGUACAAGGAAAGCUUAAAGAUAUAAAAGAUUUAGAAGAUUCAAUUCCAGAGUAUAAUAUAUCACUUUAUGGUGAUGGAAAUAAUCCAGAUUCUUUAAAUUCAGAAACAUAUCAAAAAUUAUCAACAAUUCAAACUAAUGUAUCGUUGUCCACACAACAAGAUAAUGAUGACAAUUACAAUAAUUUUAAUAUGCGCUUUAUAACACUAAUAUUACGAAAAGCACUUGGGGAGCAAGAAUCAGAAAUUAUUAAAUUGGCUGCGACUCAAUAUCUUGCAUCAUUUGCUGCACGAGCUAAAUUUCUUGGAAAACAAGAGUUACAUCAAAUGUUUCACAUUAUAGGCAAUUGGGUUGAAGGAUACAUAAGCAAAUAUAAAAUAUCAAUUGCAUACAAACAAGCCAAACAAAAUAAACAUUUCUAUUCAGUAUUGACAGCUAUAAUCUACGUCUUUUGUUAUAGAUGGAAAGAUCUCACAAAUAAAAAUGGAUGGUGUAAAGAAUCAGAUUGGGUCAAAACCAUUCUAAAUUCCAAGUUCAAACCUUUGGAGUGUAGUACUGAUUGUGGAACUCAUCGUGAUGAUGAUGAGGAGGAGGAAAGUUUAUGGGAAGUGUCUACUUUUUUCCCAUUUGAUCCUUUUGGACUUAAAACUUCACAACAUUAUUUAAAUGAUAUAUAUAUUCAUUGGGAAGGUUUUCCAGAAUAA